AUGAGCUCUACUACCACCCCACCACCCCGCAUCCGGGCAGCGCUCUUCGACAUGGAUGGUCUUUUAAUCGACUCCGAAGACCUCUAUAGCAUUGUAACAAACACAAUCCUCGAACGCUACGGCCGCCCUCCCCUGCCAUGGUCCAUAAAAGCACAGCUCCAAGGUCGCCCCGGCCCGCAGGCAGGCAAGAUCUUCCAUGAGUGGGCGCAACUUCCCAUAUCUCACGAGCAAUUCUUGAAAGAGCAAAAAGAACUUCAGACGAACUUGUUCGAAAAAUGUAAGCCAUUGCCUGGUGUUGUGGACUUGCUGGCAGGAUUAAAGAGCAGGGGCGUACACAUGGCGCUCGCGACGAGCAGUCAAAAGGCCAUGUUCGAAAUCAAGACUGCGCGUAUGAAGGAUUUGUUUGAUGGGAAUUUCGAAAAGGAACAUCAAGUGUUGGGUGAUGACCCUAGGAUACCUGCUGGACGAGGGAAACCCGCGCCGGACAUCUACCUGUUAGCCCUAUCUACGUUGAACAAGACGCUUGAGGAGCAGGGCCAGACACCCAUAAAACCAGAAGAAUGCCUUGUAUUCGAAGACAGCGUGCCGGGCGUAGAGUCGGGAAGGAGAGCAGGUAUGCAGGUGGUUUGGUGUCCGCAUCCCGGGCUGCUUGAGGAGUAUAAGGGGAGAGAGAAGGAGGUGUUGGCGGGAUUGACGGGGGAACACAAGGAGGACGAGGAGGAGCAGUUGCAAAAGACUGAAGUCGACGUUGCGCAAGGCAAGAGAAGGGUUGGCAUGCCAGGAGAGAUCGACGAUGGAUGGGGAAGAUUCCACAAGAGCCUAGAGGACUUCCCAUAUGAUAGCUACGGUAUGGGUACUAAGUCAUGA